GCCAGAUAUUAUUCAGGUCUAACCCCAGAUUCUUUUGCCGCUUGCAAUUACCAUUGCAGCCCCGCAAAUACCUCGCUCAAGGAGUUUGAUAUCCACUCACAGAGAUAAGAAUCAUAAAACAACACUACAAACCAGAUUUAGAUACUUCAAUUAUACAAAAAUGGUCUUCACACCUCCAUCAUAGGAGCCGAAGCUCGCAAUUGGUAUGAACUAGUUACCAGCCUAUAGAAAUAGCGCUCAUUCUUGCAGAUCCCUUGACCAAAGCCUUUUCAUGACCCUGGCUGUCCAAGAAGCCCAGAAAGACGAUGCCCAACCUGAUGGCUCUACUGACAAGAGCGAGCUACCUAUUCAGCAAAGCAGCGCUUCGGUGCCCGCACACAGAACUGCUGACCAGGAUGCGGAAGGGGGUGCUGAACUCGAACAGCAUUCGACUUCUACCUCGUCGGCGAGAAAACGACCGGCCGAUGAAACCUCGCCUCUACCCAGGCCGAAGCACAAGCGCAAGAAACGGCAUUGCUGUGACGCCGAGGAAGACAUGAUGCAGUCGGAUGCGGAGCUGGGCGCAAUGGAGGAACAUAUGACGACCGAAGUGAACCAGGAAUUUGACGCCAAUCGUACCACGGAUACGACAACCCACGAGGAUGGUAAACCGGUGCGCGUAAGCAAGGGCCGGGACUGGACCCCUGAGGAAGACAAGACGAUCAAAUCUUACUCUAAGUCGGGGAAAACGCACGGGCAAAUCGCGGCCGAACUGAACCAAGGACCCAGCACCAGUCAAGUCAAAGUCAAUCAAGUUCGAGAAAGGAUUGAAAAAUUGACGCUUGUUGAAAAGGCCGCGCCAUAUGCCGAGGCAGAACAAGCAAUGAUCAUAUCAGGUGCGCAGCUUGGGAAAUCGGCCAGUGAGAUUGCAGCCGAAGUGAACAAGGAAUUCCACAACGAUCGGUCCACUGAUGCGAUAUCGAGACAGAAAAAGAUUCUGAUGGGGCCCGAUUUCGAGUCUGGGCACCCGGAAUGGAGUCCUUCAGAGCUCAGUCACCUCCGGACUAUUGUGAGUUCUGGGGAGCACAUACCAACCGCUGUGGAAUCGUGGGUGGAGCAGACUGAUUUCAAAAGAACUCCGGAUGCGGUGGUUGCUCGCCUCAAGCUUAUUGCAGCAGAGACAGCUGUUCCUUGGACUGACGAGGAGGACGCAGCGCUGAUGGCCGCAUGCGAGGGUCUUGAUAAAACGCGGCCGAUGACUGAGGCCUUCAAGUCGGCGACCGAAACAAAGCGAACCGAUAAGGACAAUAUCCAGAGAAUUGAAUACCUCGGCCUUAGAUGUGUUAUUUGCAGUUGAGACCUGUGGCUGAGAGCUUAUAAUCACCACACAGAACUUA